AUGCCUGUAUUAACUUUGGAACGUCAUGUGCCAAAGCGUCGACCUCGUCCGCGAUGGCCACAUCAACGUCUGGCUGCUGGCCUAGCUCAACAACGCAUGACGGAUCGGUUCCAACAGGGACUGAUGGGUGCCACCGGCCGCCGCUCAUCUCAGCGUCCCUCCACAGGUAUGCUGGUCUGUUCCGCACCAUCCUCGCCGACAGUUUCUGUUUCGGAUUUGGAUCAACGAAACCCCAGUCCCGGUUGUUUGAGUGCCGGCGAUUUGGCUAUCGGUGAGAAUGACACGGGGGUCGAUUCUGCCUUUGAUGAAUCAAUGCAUCAAGGUUUGGUGGCGCUCCCAGUCUCCCACAGCAAAACAUCUAGAAAAGCUCCAUCAGAUACAGCUGACCAGGCAAGCACCAGCCAAGCCGCACCACAGGAUGAGGGGGACACGAACGAACAUGAGGAACAAUUCAAUCUGCGCUACUAUAAGAAACCUCUGUUUAAUUGGUUCUAA